AAUCAAUCCGAGGUCCAAACGUAAAAUCUCAGUUCUUCUUCUUCCUCGGACUUUUCGUUGCUCUCCUAAACGAUUUUCUGAUCCGAGCAAUCUCAGUCCAGAAUCUAGAUUUCUCUGAAUCUAAUCCCUGAUGGAUAGUGGAACGCUCAGCAUCAAGAAAUGGGUAGUGGUGUAUCCAGUCUAUAUUAAUUCAAAGAAAACUGUAGCUGAGGGAAGGAGAAUCGGUGUGAGUAAAGCAUGUGAGAACCCUAAUUGCAUUGAGAUCAGUGACUGUUGCAAGCAUUUGAAACUCCCUAGUGCCGUCGAGAUCGACAAAGCGUACCCGCGUGAUUUCAUGCAAGUAGGGAGAGUGAGAGUGCAGUUGAAAAGAGAGGAUGGGACUUUACUCAAUCCAGCUAUUACUUCAAGGAAGCAACUGAUGCAGAAAAUUGCAGAGUUGGUACCGAGACAUCCAGAGAGAGUGAAGAAGCUGGAAUCUCAGAAAGCGAAGAAACAGGAACCUCAGGCUACAACUUCGACCUCUGGAACUUCUUCAAAGUCAGGCAAAGGUGGCAAGAAGAAGAGAUAAACAAGCCCUCUCUGUUAUUUAUAUGUUCCCCUCACAUCAGAUUCUAUCGCUUUUAGAUUUAUAAAGCUUACUGAGAAGAUCAAAAAGGUGUUUGCUCUGAUUUAACUAUGUUUCAAAGACCCUCAAGCUAUUGUUGGUUUCAUUACUUUGCUUGCUAUUUUGGAACCAUAUCCAUAGACAUUAGAUUAGACAAGGAAGAAUGAUAAGGAAAACAAAAAAAACAGAGACAUUACUUGUUGCUUGCCGUUGUGUUUGGAUGGACAAGCUUUUGCGUUAUGACCGUUUUCCUUAGAAUCACUGUUUCAUUUAAAAUUUCUGAACACAGCACAGUUAAGGUUUCUGUCAAUGUCA